UGGAAUGUGACGGUUGCCCCUACAGGAUCUCACUGCGUUACGCGUUUGCGCCAACAACAAACAGGCGUGCCUCCCCACUACAGACAACCUUAGGAAGGGCUGAAUGUAUGGGGAAAGAGUAAGAAGGGAGUCACAAGUGAACAGCAGGCAGAGUCACAUAUAGCCCAUAAAGAUCAACACAUAUCCACCAGCCCAUGAACUUACAGGUUUCUACUGGCCAGGCACCGCUAUCCCCGAUGGAGGAAUACAAGCAAUAUGAAGUCACACCUGGACAGAUGCAGAAAGACCGUGUGCCCAGUAAUCUAAACGAAACAAGCACCAGUGACGCUAGAAGAGAGAACGAAGGGGCCAGUAUAGACAAAGCGGUGAAGGAAAAUGUCCAAAACAUUGGUACUGGUAAAAACAACAGCACGAAUAGUAAUUACCAUAAUGGUCAGAUAGAUUCGAGGGCACCGAAUGCAAUCAUCACACCGGUUUCAGGCGACACAUUGUCUACUACAGGCACAGAGAGUUCAAAAGGCGACAGUCCGCAGACGAUAUCGAACAAAGCGGGCGAGGCUGCGUCAGGGUCUGACUCUUGGAAAGUCGACAUCAACCAGAUCGACCAAGAAGUGAGCAAGAUGCUCACCCAGCUAGAGCAGAUUGAGCAGAAGUUUGCGAGCUCCGACUUCGGUAUCAAGCGCACCAAUACCGAGCAGCAGCAUCAGCAGCAGCAGCAGCGUAGUCCAGUGACAACAAAUGCCGGCCUGAAGGAAAUACACAACCUGAUAGACAACUUCAAGUCGACCAUACUCAGGCUCAACCUCAAGAACACGCUCGUCAAAAACCAGCUUCUCUCGGUGAAAGACGACUACACCAUGGAGCGCUGCAUGCUUGUGAACAGGAUUGAGAACCUCGAGAAGGCGCUGCGAAUAAUCCAGGACGAGAACAACGCGGUGAACUCCAGAAACUUGAAACUUAUCAAGUACAUCCGAACACUGAAAAACGAAAAACUCAAACUGUAUAUUGCCGAAAACCGAAGACUCAAGGAGCACAUCGAGCGACUGGAACAGGAAUCUUCUCACAAUAUGAAUGCUCUCAGAAUAAACCACCCGCAAAGGUACUCCUCUAUCACGUCUCCUAUGAAUUCGAUCACCAGUCCAGUCCCUCCCAUUCCCGUUCCAGGCGGAACCUCGAUGCAGUAUCCCAUGGCAUACCGAGAAGAGGACGUUGACCCGCCCUAUCACAUCAGACAGCAGAUCAACUCUCCGACAAACUUCAACAUGCUCGACACCCUUGGUCGUUUGGCUACCGAGUACUUGCACAACGAGUACCCGGAGGAGGAGCAGGACGACCGCUUGGAACGUGCUUAGCCGACCCUCACCAUGCUGAGCACACUCCUCUGUGCAAGCCGCCUAUAUGUAUGUUUGUGUAGUAAUCAACAGAACUAAGUGCUAGAAGUUGAUGUUUCAAUACCCUACCGGGUCAAGCCUUCAAAAACAUGUUUGGGCCGAUCGGCGCAAAAUUUGCAAUCGGAAUGGUGCAGAGGGCGACGAGGGUGACGGCCGACUGGCUGAGUCGGUCAAUAU